CGGAUGUACUUCAGCGUAAACGAGUCUAUGGGCUAACGAGCGUGUGCGCAUGCAAACAAAACGGCGAUCACAGUGAGCUGGAUGCUGGUCUACAUCCUGGUCCCCUCUCUGAUGUGAACCCCUGCGAGAUCCAGUCCACUUGUUACCGGAACCAUGUCCAGUCAGCCUGGAGCCGCCCACUCCCUGCGGUUCGGCCAGGUGGUCAUCGGACCCCCGGGCUCGGGUAAAACCACCUACUGCCGAGGGAUGCAGGAGUUCAUGACUUCCCUGGGACGUAAGGUGGUGGUGGUGAACAUGGACCCUGCCAACGAUGGGCUUCCAUAUACCUGUGGUGUGAACAUCUCCGAGCUGGUCACUCUGGACGAUGUGAUGGACGGAUUGAAGCUCGGCCCCAACGGGGGGCUCCUCUACUGUAUGGAGCAUGUAGAAGCAAAUCUGGACUGGUUGGAGAACAAGCUGAAGGCACACGGUGACUGUUACUUCCUGUUUGACUGUCCCGGACAGGUGGAGCUCUACACCCACCAGAACUCCGUGAAGAAUAUCUUCUCACAGCUGGCCAAGUGGAACUUCAGGCUGACAUCAGUGCACCUGGUGGACUCGCACUACUGCGCUGACGCAGCCAAGUUCAUCUCUGUGCUGUGCACCUCGCUGUCCACCAUGCUGCACGUGGAGCUUCCCCACGUCAACAUCCUCUCCAAGAUGGACUUGAUCGAGCAGUAUGGCAAACUGGCCUUCAACCUUGACUUCUACACAGAGGUCAUGGAUCUGUCUUAUCUCCUCGAUCACCUGGCUGCAGAUCCCUUCUUUAAAAAAUUCCAUCGUCUAAAUCUAAAGUUGGCAGAGGUCAUAGAAGACUACGGCCUCGUCUCCUUCGUGCCUCUGAAUGUCCAGGACAAAGAGAGCAUGAUUCAGGUCUUACGAGCAGUGGACAACGCCAACGGCUACUGCUUUGGAGACCUGGAGGAGAGGAAUCUGCAGGCCAUGAUGUCAGCUGCUGUGGGGGCUGACUUCCAGUUCGACUCUACUCUCGGGGUGCAGGAGAGAUAUGUUGAAACUAGUGGAAAGACUGUGGAGGAGGAAAUGAUGCAGCUGUAAGUCGAAAAGCCCAAUUUAAAGGACAUGACUGGUCGGCUUCACGGCACAGAUAUACCGGAGGAGUCUUGGCAACAUCCAUCUCAUCUAGCCUCUCUUCCAGGGCAGUGGAACUACAUUUGGGGCUCUGACUGCCUCAAGGUUGCACAACACUAUCAUGAAAGAUCACAUAGAAUGCCUGAAAGGGAGUAAAUACUCAACUUUGCUUUACUUAUCAACGUGAUUAAUUGUUUUUCUGUACUGAUCUCUUUGUGAACAACAAUAAAGGACAUUUUCAAUA